AUGGCUAACAUCUCCUUGGACCAAAUUAAACAAGUCGACCUCGAGAACAUUCCCGUCGAGGAGGUGUUCACGCAGUUAAAAUGUUCGAGGGACGGGUUGACGCAUGAUGAAGGCAAGAAGAGGCUCGAGAUCUUCGGCCCCAAUAAACUUGAGGAGAAAAAGGAAAGCAAGAUCCUCAAGUUUUUGGGGUUCAUGUGGAAUCCUCUUUCAUGGGUGAUGGAAGCUGCCGCCAUCAUGGCCAUUGUUUUGGCCAACGGAGGUGAUCGGCCACCAGACUGGCCGGACUUUGUGGGCAUCGUUGUCCUUCUUAUCAUCAACGCCACCGUCAGUUUUAUUGAAGAAAACAACGCCGGAAAUGCCGCAGCCGCCCUUAUGGCGAGUCUAGCCCCCAAGUGUAAGGUUUUGAGGGACGGCCGGUGGGGGGAACAAGAAGCUGCCAUUUUGGUUCCCGGAGAUCUGAUAUGCGUUAAGCUCGGAGAUAUCGUUCCGGCGGACGCUCGUCUCCUUGAAGGUGACCCUUUAAAGAUCGACCAAUCUGCUCUCACCGGCGAGUCUCUUCCGGUGACCAAGUAUCCCGGAAACGCCGUGUACUCCGGUUCCACCUGCAAGCAGGGUGAGAUUGAGGCCGUCGUCAUCGCCACCGGCAUCAAUACCUUUUUCGGGAAGGCUGCCCACCUUGUGGAGAACACCAAUACAGUUGGUCACUUCCAACAGGUUUUGACCGCCAUCGGUAACUUUUGUAUAUGCUCAAUUGCGGUCGGAAUCGUCAUCGAAGCCGUGGGGAUGUUUGUGUUUCAGCAACGAGCGUAUCGAGAUGGAAUCGAUAACUUGUUGGUCCUUCUCAUUGGCGGAAUUCCGAUCGCCAUGCCCACGGUUUUAUCUGUGACAAUGGCGAUCGGAUCUCACAGCCUUUCAAAACAAGGUGCCAUCACCAAGAGGAUGACCGCCAUCGAAGAAAUGGCAGGCAUGGAUGUUCUUUGCAGCGAUAAAACCGGCACACUCACACUUAACAAGUUAACGGUCGACAAAUCCCUCAUCGAGGUUUUCGCGAAGGAUUGCAGCAAGGACAUGGUUAUCUUGUAUGGUGCUCGAGCUUCGAGGGUCGAGAACCAGGAUGCGAUCGAUGCUUCGAUCGUCAACAUGUUGGAGGACCCCAGAGAAGCACGAGCCGGAAUCAAAGAGGUGCAUUUCUUGCCGUUUAAUCCGGUCGAAAAGCGCACUGCGAUCACCUACAUUGAUGAGAACGGCAAGUGGCAUCGAUCGAGCAAGGGUGCACCAGAGCAAAUCAUCGAGCUUUGUGACCUCAAGGGCGAAACUUUGAAGCGAGCUCAUGAAGUCAUCGACAACUUUGCUAACCGCGGUCUUAGAUCAUUGGCCGUGGCUCGUCAGACGGUGCCCGAGAAAACCAAGGAGAGUGCAGGUUCGCCGUGGGAGUUCGUCGGUUUACUUCCCCUCUUUGACCCACCGAGACAUGAUAGUGCCGAGACCAUACGAAGGGCGAUAGAGCUCGGUGUGAAUGUUAAGAUGAUCACAGGUGACCAGCUAGCCAUAGGAAAGGAAACCGCCCGGAGACUUGGCAUGGGAACCGAUAUGUACCCUUCUUCUUCACUUCUUGGCCAAAGCACAGAUGCGUCAAUCGCUUCGUUGCCCGUUGAAGAGCUCGUCGAGAAGGCCGAUGGCUUCGCCGGAGUGUUCCCAGAGCACAAGUACGAGAUCGUCAAGAAACUGCAGGAGCGGAACCACAUUUGCGGCAUGACCGGAGAUGGAGUGAAUGACGCACCUGCGCUCAAGCGGGCCGACAUCGGGAUCGCGGUGGCGGACUCUACGGACGCCGCCAGAAGUGCAUCGGACAUCGUCUUGACAGAGCCAGGGCUCAGCGUAAUCGUGAGUGCUGUUUUGACAAGCCGAGCCAUCUUCCAACGGAUGAAGAACUACACCAUCUAUGCGGUCUCUAUCACAAUCCGAAUCGUGUUGGGGUUCAUGCUCAUCGCUCUCAUUUGGGAAUUCGAUUUCUCGCCCUUUAUGAUCCUCAUCAUCGCCAUCCUUAACGACGGAACCAUCAUGACCAUCUCCAAGGACCGAGUCAAGCCGUCCCCUAGGCCCGACUCGUGGAAGCUCAACGAAAUCUUUGCCACUGGUGUAGUCCUAGGAACUUAUCUCGCGAUUGUAUCCGUUAUCUUCUUCUGGCUUAUGGCUGAGACCGACUUCUUCUCCGAUCUCUUCGGUAUUCAAACGAUCGUGGGAAAUGAUAACAUGAUUAACGCUGCGCUCUACCUUCAAGUGAGUAUCAACAGUCAGGCGCUCAUUUUCGUUACCAGGUCUCGUGGCUGGUCGUUCCUUGAACGUCCUGGUACCUUGCUUGUCGUGGCUUUCGCUAUCGCCCAAUUGUUGGCUACUCUUAUCACUGUAUAUGCAAGUUGGGGCUUUGCUAGUUUUGAAGGAAUCGGAUGGGGAUGGGCCGGAGCGAUCUGGGUGUUCAGUAUCGUUACCUACUUCCCGCUUGACGUCCUCAAGUUCACGAUUCGCUUGGCGUUGUGUCCUUAGAUUUCAUGGUCGAUAGGAACCCCGUCCCAGAUCGCAAAGCAGGCUAGGAGACGUGGCAAGG